GAACUGCGAUACCCAACGUUCCCGGAGCAAAUUCUCCGGCAUUUCUACUCCUCUGCGAACGAGCUUGCUGUGUAGCCAGUUGGAGCAAUGGCGAGGAAAGGCUUCUGGCGUGUCUUGCCGCGUAAGUACUUCAGCCACCGCCGUCGUAUCGAUGAUUCUUCGUCUUCCUCGUCAGAGGAAGCGUCGAAACUGGAGGAGACGGUGGCGCGAGCGGAGGUGGUCGUGGUCAAAUGGGAUCCGGACUCUUCCGCCUAUGCCAAUGUCACCUCCCUCUUCCACGAGGACCGCCUCGAGGCGCGACGCUUUUUGGCACGAGUCUGCGACUUGCAGCGAGGCAUGCUUGAUUUCGUCGCGGCAGCCGCGGAGCCCUCCCGCCUCUCCCACCCCUGCCUCGCCCGUGCGCAGACCCUGAUGCAAGCCGCGAUGCGCCGGCUCGAGAAGGAAUUCUACCAGAUUCUUGCCGCCAACAGCGACCUCCUGGAUCCGGAAUCCCGAUCCGUCCGCUCUUCCCGUACCAGCGUCUCCGACGACCACGGGUCCGACCUCUGGGAUGAAAGUGCCUCGCCUGAUCAGACCGACGGUCUCGUGGCCAGGGAGUCCAUCGCCGAGAUCGAACGCGCCGCUGCCGUCGACGUCAUGACCGACCUCCGGGCCAUCGCAGAUACCAUGGUAUUUGCAGGGUACGGCUUCGAGUGCGUGAGAAUCUACCGGACCCUCCGCAAGUCCGUCGUGGACGAGGAGCUUUAUCAGCUCGGUUUCGACAGGUCUCUCAGCUCGCCCCAAAUCAAAAAGAUGGACUGGGCUGUGCUCGAACUAAAAAUCCGAUCAUGGCUCGGCGCUUGCCGUGUCGCGGUGCGUACUCUGUUUCAUCGCGAGCGUGUUCUCAUCGACCACGUCUUCUCCAACUCAAACAUUGCCCGAGAGGCCGUCUUCUUCAGCGUCGCCGGCGAUGCCGCCCUUCAGUUCUUUGCAUUUCCGGAGUGGGUGGCCAAAUCAAAAUGGUCGCCUGAGAAAUUCUUCCGGCUUCUGGACAUGCACGACGCCAUUGGUGAAGUUUGGCCGGAGGUCGAACUCGUCUUCUCCUUUGAGUCCACCUCUUCUGUGCGAACACAGGCCCUCGCUUCGUUCGCUAAGCUCACCGAGGCGGCGCGCUGUACCUUCGCCGAUUUUGAGUCAACGAUACAAAGAGAGCCCUUGCGGUCGCCCAUUCCCACCGGCGGAGUUGACCCGUGGACGCGCCACGUCAUGAGCUACGUCACACGGCUGUCCGACUACCAUCUCUCCAUCAUGGAGAUCUUUGCCGAAUGGCAGCCAUCGCCCCCGCAGUCCGCUGCCUCCGACACGUCAUCAUCGGUAUCCGUCUCCGACACGGGAUUCGCCGCACGGCUUGACAAGCUGUUGGAGCCGCUUCUCAGUCAUCUCGAGCGGAAGGCUAAUUUAUACCGUGACGCUGCCCUUUCGAAUCUAUUCCUGGCGAACAACCUCCACUACGCAGUGAAUAGAUUGCGAUCUUGCGGGCUACUGGGGGAGCAGCGGGCAGAGCAACACGCGGCGAAGGUCCGGCAGUACUUGGCAGGAUACGAGCGGAUGACGUAGGGCCGCGUCGCAGCAACAGUGCCCGUGAAUUAGUUGGAUUCACCAUUCAUUCCACCUAAGAUCGUCUCCAUGUAUAUUGAAUUGGUAUUCGAUCCCGAUCAUCAAAUUCAAACCUAUUGUUUAUCCA